AUGUCGACCUUUAAAGUUUUGGCUCUGUACGAUUUCGAUGGGGAGCCAGGCUCGUCCGAAAUGUCCAUAAAGGCCGAGGAGAUUUUGACUAUUACCAGAACAGAUGUGGGAGAGGGCUGGUGGGAGGGGUUAAACUCAAAGGGGCAGUCGGGACUUUUUCCCCAAGCCUACGUACAAAGAAUGAAGGAAUCCCCCCCUGCCAUGCCGGCGCCUGUGUACAAUCAAGAAUUGGAUGACAACAAACAGAAAUCCACUGAGGAGGAAGCUGACUGGGAUGAUGAGUGGGAUAACGAUGACACAUACUCAGAAAUAGGACAGGGAACAAAUAAUCGAGCAAGAGAGAGCGUAUAUGCCAAUGAACCAAAUCAAAACUACGUUCACGGCAGUAAUAGUAAUAAUACAGCUGAUAUUCAUGUGGAUAACAAAGGGGGCACAGUGUCGAAGAAAAGUCUGAAUAGAUUUUCAAACUAUGUGAAGUCAGGAUUGGAGAGCUAUAUGCUAGGCACGCUGAACCAACCGACGCACGGCAAAAAAAUCCACGUGUACCGCGACGAGCAGUGCCUCGCCGUGUGGGAGCCCUUAUCGAACCCGUACACGGUGCAGGUGACGUCGCCGAAAAAGGCUACCAAAAUGGGCGGCCUGAAGUCCUUCAUAGCCUACUCGUUGACGCCGUCGUUCUCGAACAUCGAGGUCUCGAGGCGGUACAAGCACUUCGACUGGCUGCACGACAGGAUGUGCGACAAGUUCAACAUCGUCGCCGUGCCUCCUCUGCCCGACAAGCAGAUCUCAGGCAGGUAUGAGGAGCAGUUCAUCGAGCACAGGAGAGUGCAGCUGCAGGAGUUCGUGAACUACGUGUGCCGACAUCCGGUUUUGUCGCAGUGCGAGGUGUGGUACCACUUUUUGACGUGCACGGACGAAAAGCAAUGGAAGCAGGGCAAACGGCAGGCGGAAAAAGACCCCUUCGUGGGGGCGAACUUCUGCAUGUCCUUGGAAUCCCCAGAAAAAGAACUGCUGCAAUCCGACAAGGAUAAAAUCGACGACAACCUCAACUACAUCGUCAAAAUGGAUCAGAACGUCAAGAAAUUGAUGCAGACGUGCCAGGAUCAGUGGAACAAAUGCUCGAACAUGUACAAAAGGGAGUUUCACAGGAUCGGCGAGAGCUUUUUCGCCCUCGGUUCCAGUCUCGAUUUGGACGGAAAAAUUCCCAGCGAAGUCGCCACAGAGGUCCAACAACUAGGUACAGUGUAUAUGCAAAUAGGCAGGCUAUACGAAGACCAGGCUAGAGACCAUUGGCAGGCUUUGUCGGACAAACUGUACAUAUACAAAGGUAUCACCAGCUCGAUUCCGGACGUUUUGCACCUGCAAAAAUCGUCGGAAACGAAAAAGAGAGAUUGCGAAAAAACCAUACAGAACCCAUUGCAACUCAAUGAUAUACGAAAGCGAGGAGAUUGCUUGACUUACGCGGUUUUCGCCGAGUUAAAUCAUUUCCAGAUGGAGAAGAAUACUGAUUUACGUUUAUCGAUGAAAACGUUGCUAGUAGAUCAGAUUAAGUUCUACAAAAAUAUUGUCGGCCAACUGGAGGAUACUUUAAGUAGAUUUAACUAG